AUGGCGUCCGACGAUGAAUCCAUUACGCCUCUACUAUGGUCCUUCUCGGGCUUCCGCGAGAACAGACGACCGACACCCAUCAGGCGACAGUUCAGCCAGUCGCGGACCAGUCUGAAGGACGUCCUCGCGUCCCGGAAGAAGCAUUAUGCCGUCCUCGCUCUCGUGUCCCUUGACGUCGCGACGCUCAUGACCAACAUCUUCGUGGAGCUCGUCGCCUGCGAUAUGAAGCGGGAAGACGAAACCUGGGUAAAGACCACGCGGCAAGGUCUUACCCUCGCCGGUCUUGUGUUCAGCUGCGUCUUCUUAGCGGAGCUGAUUCUCUGUGUGAUAGCUUUUGGGUGGAGAUACUUCACCGAGUGGUUCCACGUGCUCGACAGCAUAAUCAUCGUAGCGAGCUUCAUCGUCGAUGUGCUCUCCCACGGCAUCGUGGAGGAAAUUGCGUCCCUCGUCAUCAUCUUCCGUUUGUUUAGGUUCGUCAAAGUGGUGGAGGAAAUGAGCAUGGGCGCAGUGGAGCGAAUGGAAGGACUCGAGGAACAACUGGCGGCCCUCAAGCGAGAAAAUGAGGAGGUGAAGAAACAACUGAUGAGGCGGUGA